GAAGGCGCAGCGCAAACAAGGCCGGGUCGCGCCCGCCGGCCCGCGCUCCGGUCUCCCCUGCCUGGCACCGCCCUUGCCGCCCAGGUCCCGCUGCUCUCCCUCCGCCAAGGGUGCCAGGCCUUGAAGCUUUCCUCACACCUCCUGCCUGAGCCCAGGCGCGGGGUGCCACCUGAAGCCACACAGCCAGUUUCCCAGCGAGCCUAAGUAUGUACUGAACACUUGAGUUGCUGGCACUGGGCCGAGCACUGGAAUUUUAGAGUGAACAAAAACUGACCAUUCCUGCCCUCCACUUUGCAGUCUGUGAGGGGAAUGUGUUAAUCACAGAAUCUCACAAAUUAUAUAAAAGUAGAGGUCGAGCAAUCAAUGCCUCUGAUGGAUAGGCAAGUGUGCAUCCCCCCGGAGCUGCCGGAAUUGCUGAAGCAGUUCACCAAAGCCGCCAUCCGGACGCAGCCCCAGGACCUCAUCCAGUGGGGUGCUGAGUACUUUGAGGCCAUAUCUCGGGGAGAGAUUCCUCCGGUGAGAGAGCGGUCUGAGCGAGUCAUCUCAUCCAACUGGACAGAACUGACACCCGAGCUAUUAAAGAUCCUACAUUCUCGGGUUGGUGGCAGACUGAUCAUUCAUGCAGAUGAGCUGGCCCAGAUGUGGAAGGUGUUGAAUCUCCCGACCGAUUUGUUUAAUAGUGUGAUGAAUGUGGGUCGCUUCACGGAAGAGAUCGAAUGGCUGAAGUUUUUAGCCCUUGCUUGCAGCUCGCUUGGAGUUACCAUUGCCAAAACUCUCAAGAUAAUAUGUGAAGUUUUAUCCUCUGACCAUGGUGGUGGGCCUCCCCGGAUCCCUUUCAGCACCUUUCAGUUCCUCUAUACAUAUAUCGCUGAAGUGGACGGAGAGAUCUCUGCAUCCCACGUCAGCAGAAUGCUAAACUACAUUGAACAUGAAGUAAUUGGUCCUGAUGGCUUAAUCAAGGUGAAUGACUUUACUCAAAACCCCAGGGUUCGGCUGGAAUAAAAGUGCAGUGAAUUUUGGCAAUUUUAAAGGAAGAUACAGAGAUGAUUGCGCUUUGGAAUGGCUGAACCCAACACACCAUCCAAGUCAGUUUUCUUGUACAACUGGUACACACUAAUAAACA